AUGACCCACAUCACAUCGCUACCUGCAGAGCUGUUAUCCGCCAUCUUUGACACCAUCGAUUCCAACCAUCAGCUCGCAGAAUGCAGACUUGUUUGUAAACACUGGAACGAUCCCGCAGCAAGAUCGAUGUUUGGCAAUACAAUAGUAAUAACUUCUGACAAAACCGCAUCAAGACUCUUUAGACACUUGUUUCUGGAUCCCUGCAAGAUACCUCUCAUCAGACAUUUGAGCUUUGAAUUGGACGACAACCACUUGCCUAUGAACACUUAUAAGCUGCUACUUUUGGCUGUACAUCCCAAUAUUGUAAAUCUGACAGGCUUUGCCAAUUCAGAAAGGUUCUUCAAGGCGCUCUUUGAUAUCAUUGACAAGUCAUCUCAAGAGUUCACCCAACUGGAGACUAUGCCAUCGUACACUGGACUCGAUGUUGAUUUCAACACGACUGUAGCUCUCAAGCUCAAGAAAUCUCUCAUGUAUCCCAUCGUGGUUCUAGGCGGACAGACAACACCAGCUGCAAAAGACUUUCUCAGGAACUUGGAUCAGUUUCCAAAGUUCGAUAUGGUGAUACUUCGAGGGCAUCUUGAUGGACUGGAAUGGCUGGAAGAUCUACUUAGAUGUAACCCUCAUCUCGAUGGAUUAGGUAUAGGCAACCUUGUCAUCAAGGACUUUCUUGCAGACAUGAGAGGACUGCAAGGCGUAGUUUCGUGGUUGACUUCAAAUGUACAGCAAGAGGGAGCAUUGGAAUUUAUCCUGAUCGACUCCCCCAUGUUCCGCCCUGAGGCACUCAUGUACUUUUGUUACAAGUAUCCAAAUAUGAAAUACAUUCAAUUGAAGGGUAAGAUCUGGUUGCCUGAGGGAAGAGCUGCCACCGAUGACGAUGUCUUUACUACAUUAACUCUAAUUCUGGAUGCUGUCAAGAAGAUUGAGUGCAAAGUGAUUCGUCUUGUGCUCCCUAGAAAUACCUCAUUGUUAGCAGUUAUGAAGUUCUUGCCUAAGCGAGAAGAGGACUUAGAGGUUAGUAUUGAAGACAUUGGCGGCCAAAACGAAGUAGUCUUGAGCUUGACAGACGUAAUGGUCGAUUGA